AUGCCCCUCAAAAUUCAACAAUCUACCCAGAGCAACGCAUGGUCCGUUGGAAUGUCGGUACCAGAUAGCUCAUACUAUAACAAGGGCACUGCAUUCCCAGAUGAUGAAAGACAGACAUUCAAGCUCCAUGGCCUGCUGCCGUCCAAUGUCCAAACGCUGGACGAACGCGGUAGAGAGAGCUCAAGAACCUUCAGACCGCCGGAGGGCUGUUUUCUGAAUAUCCGCGACCAGGAUCGGAUUGACGAGUGUCUUGCCAACCUUGCCAACUUCGGGGCCAGUGGGGAGGAGAUAGAUUGCAUCGUCAUCACCGACGGCGAAAGAGGCCUCAUGAUUCUAGGAAUAGGCGAUCAAGGCGAUCAAGGCGAACAGCGGGAUCUUGAUUUCCCUGGCCAAGCUGGUCCUCACGGCGCUAUGGGCACGCGGCAGCUGCCUGUCGUGCUUGACUGUGGAAUAAGUGUAAAAAACGCGCUCUCAGGCAGGAAUACGAUGAACUUUGUGGAUAAAUUCGUCAAAGCCGCGCGGAAGAGUGAAGAUUUCCCGCUCCCAAAUGCCCAACGGACAGGCGACGAUAUUCAGGGGACUGGAUGCGUGACGCUGGCUGCUCUCCUCGCCGCGCUGCAGGUUAGCAAAGUCAAAUUGACUGAUGAUGUCCCGGUCGUUUGUUUCGGUGCCGGGCCAGCAGUGAGAAGGGAUGAUGGGAUAAGGGGAUGGGGCGGUCUGGGGACUCUCAAAAGUGUUAGGAAGGUAAGGUAG